AUGACGCCCAAAGGAAAUCCCAAUACCAAUAGCGACAAGGACUUCGUCGAAACCACUGUCACGCCACCAGUGGGUGUGAGUAAGAGUGUUCGAUCCUCCCCGCUUUGUUCCUCUGGCAAAAUGCCGCGAAAGACCAAAGCAGAGCUUCCAAUCGCGCAAAAGAAAAAGGCUAUAGCCACUCUCACUCCUCCUGACUCUGCAAAGGCUCCAAGCAGCAUUGGGUUUGUUCCUGUUGGAAGUGAAGAAGAUUCAAAGAAAACGAUGGCUGUCAACAAUGCUGCAUCUGCGAGCAGCAACACCAACACGGCGGUCGUCGCCGGUACCCAAUCGACUCGUGCACCAAAACCUGCGUUGCUCGUCACCAAUCCAGUUGGAAACAACAAGACGGACGAAGAGAAAAAGGCGCAUGCCAGUGUCAACAGCAACAGCAGUGUCAACAGCACAGCAGGCGACCCUCUGGCUGGAUCUGGACGAUUCUUGGAAGGCGAAACCCAUCGGAACAACCACGACAGCUUUGACCAAUUGUUGGCCGAUGCUUUCUCGCUUGGUCACGCCAGGGGCUAUUUCAAAGCCACAAUGAUGCAAUGCGUUCUGAUGGGGCAGCAUCUCCAGGCCCUCAGCUGCCACUCUCGUGAAAUCGCACGGUUCUACUCAAUGUCCGAAUGUUGGCUCCGCAAUUUGGUCGUCUCGCUGGGUCCCGCAACUGACAACACCACUGCUUUGCAAACUGUGGCUCCUCACUACAAAGAACUAGCGCUCUAUCAUGAGCAAAUCCAAAAGAAUAUGCACGAUGAGAUUGCCGGAAAGCAGCAGUAUCUGCAAAUGGCCAUGCGUCGCAUUCUUGACUUUGAACUCGUUGUCAAUCAGACGGAACGUGAACUCUUGGCGCGUUGUCACGCAGUUGGCGUUGCUGCGACACGGCAGAGCCGUCGUGGCACCAUCGCCACACAGAACGAGGCUGAGGGCACGCCCCAGGAAACUGUACCAAAGCGGGAACGUGGUGAAAGCGCCGACACUGCGGUGGACGGUGAAUCACCCACGAAGAAGCGCAAACUCGUCACUCCGGUGGACGCCACCGCUGUGACGAUUGACUCCGAAUCGCAGGCUACGGCAGGUCUAGCCGUUCAGACGGCUGGUGACAGAGAUGGUGCCGAGACCGGCAAAAAGGCGCUUCGUCGAGUGAGCGUUGCCAUCUCAAUUUGA